AUGCAUUCCUGGAACCCCUCGGCGUCGUCGCCAAACGUCAAAUUCGAGGGCUCGCCCACCGAGUCGGUGCUCUCAGCCCCCGAAGAGAUAUACCCCUCUCUGUUUGGCACCAGCCCCGCCCCGACGACCACGGUCAAUCCCCUCGAGAUGAUGUCCCCUCCCGAGUCCAUCUCCGGGGAGAGCCAACCCGACCUGACCAUGCUUGCCGGCCUGACGGCCCUGACACAAACCACUCUGGCCCGGUCAGAAGCUCCUUCGGCUUCUCCCCAGCCGGAAUCGGAGAAGAAGCCGGUCAAGAAGAGGAAAUCAUGGGGCCAAGUUCUCCCAGAGCCCAAGACCAACCUGCCCCCCAGGAAACGCGCCAAGACCGAGGACGAGAAGGAACAACGCAGAGUCGAGCGCGUCCUUCGCAACCGCCGAGCCGCGCAAUCGUCGCGUGAGCGGAAGCGCUUGGAGGUAGAGGGUCUGGAGCGGAGGAACAAGGAGCUCGAAGCGGCACUCCUUCAAGCCCAGCAAAUCAAUCUCACUCUCCUCGAGGAGAUACAAAAGUUCCGGCAGGGCGGAGUAGUCGUGAGCAGAACCUCGCCGUCAUUCGACGGACUCCGCCAGACCCCUGUCACAUUAUCACAGCAGCUCUUCGGCUCUCAAGACGGCCAUGGCGCCGCGAUGGGUGCCGGCAGCUCGUUGGAGCAGCUCUUCCAGUCUAUUCCAUCUACCGCCAACAAGACGGUUAAUCCGGCCUCGUUGUCGCCCGCCUUGACUCCGAUUCCUGAGGCGGCUGAGGAGCAAGUCGAGCCCGCGGCAACUAAAACUCCUGUUGCCGACGUCACUUCCACGGCCCAGGCCAGUGCUUCCCCCGAUGCGACACAACAUCCUGCAGAGAUGUUGUGGCAAGACCUGCAGUGUCGGUCGGCGGAAGCACCACCCUUGGCGUGGCAGAUGACGUUGCAGCAACAGCUGCACCCAGCACUGGCGCUGCUCCUCCCGCUCCAGUUCCUUCUAGCCUCCACCUCAGCGAUUCUUUCUCUAUGCCAGAGGCCCUUGAUGCAGAUCGCUAUCUCCUUGAAAGCGGGCUCCUCUCUUCCCCCAACUCAGCCGAUUAUGAAUACGAUCAUCUGGCUGGUGACGACACCACACCGUUCGCGUUCACAACCGAGUUCGACAUCAACGAGUUCAUCACCGACGGCGAGCUCAACGUCGCGCCCAGCAACGAACAGCAGCCGCAGCAGCUCUACAGCCGCUCCGUCGCAGACUCGUCCCUCCUCCACCCUGAGACUCCGAACCCUUCGGAAGAUCCUUACCUGCAGCCCCACUCUGGCGCGUCCCUUGAUGGAUGCGACGAUGGAGGUAUUGCGGUUGGCGUCAUCUGAGGGACACGCGGUCGACCGGGUUUCGGGAGACGACGAGUCGGCGGGGGCAGCAGCUGCCGGAGACUCGCAGCGGCAGUUGCCUCGUCGCGGGCCGACUACCGGCUGGCUGAAGGGAGCCGCCCUCCCGUCGAAGGAGGUCUUACUCGCCCUGUUGUGGGUCCUCAGAGUCGAACAGCGGAGACCAAAAAUUCGCGACCAAGUGAAGGCUUCUCUGAAGCCCGGAACGUCCAGUGUCCCCAAGACAUUAACACCAACAGUGAACAAGACGACGUACGUCUUGAAAGUAUCACAUAAGCGAGCGAGCGAAGAAGCAGGACAUGGCGCUUUCCUUAAGAAGCGGCGCUUUCAAUGA